AUGCAUUUCUCCACCAGUGUUAUCGCCAUCUCGGCCUCUCUCUUCUCCGUUGGCCUUGCUGCAAACACUGCUCUCUCCUUCACCAGCUUCCCGACGGAUAUUGAGGCCGGCAAGCCUGUUACGUUGACCUGGACUGGUGGCAAUCCUGGCGAGGGUAAUGCCGGCGACCUCCAGGAUGUGGAGACCAUCACCUCUGAUGCCAAGGAUGGCAAGUUCACAUGGACCCCCGACAGCAAGGUCGCCGAUGGCACUCCAUACGCCUUCCAGAUCAUGCAGGGUAGCCAGUCCAACUACUCGGGUCUACUGAAGGUUCUUGGUAGUAAGGCUGUGGAAUCGGGCCAAACCACCGCUGCCACUCAGGCCACCCAGGCGACUACUGGUACUGGCACGACCACUGCGCCGGCCACGCAGCGCACCACGCAGGGCACUACGGAAGGCGCCACAGAGGGCACGAAGACUGGUACCACUACUGCGCAUACAACCAGCACAGGUAGCAAAGCCCUGAUCAGCUCGUCGGCCUCUGCGGCUCAGUCUAGCAGCGCAACACCCUCUUCGAUGGUGACCGAGUCGGUUACGAUGGGCAGCAUGAGUGCGACGAGCCACAACAGGGCACAGCAGACAGGGGGUGUGCAGAACGGGGCCAGCAGACUGCAGUAUUCGGCUGUGGUGGGUGCAUUGGCUGUUCUGGCGUUGUUCUUCCAGUGA